CGUCCCCCCUCCUCCCCGCGCGACCAGCGCCCUCGCACCCGCGGACGCAUGCGAGGCCACACCGCGCGUAGCCCCCAGUAGCAACCCCGCCCGGCAAUGUCGGCGCCCCACUCGGCGCCCCACCACCCAUCCCUCCCCGCCGGGGACGCCAAGAAGCAGCCACACCUCGGGGCCGACCCCAGCAAGAAGGCCUCCUGCUUCGGCGGCGGGGGCGACCACCACCCCAAGAAGCCCGGCCCCUCCGCAGCGAAGCUCGCGCUCGCGUCCUUCCUCGGCGUCAUCAUCCUCCUCGCCGCCGACGCCUCCCUUACCGGCGCCGGCGCGCACCGCCGCCUGCGGCAGCAGUACCUGCAUUACGUCGGCGUUGGCGUUGGAGGCGGAGGCAUCACCGACUCGCUCUCGUGGCUCUCCGUGCCGGACCGCCCCAACUUCACCGACGACCUACUCGCGCGGUGGCUCGCGCCCGGGGGUUCCCCGUGCCGGGACGCGCGCACGGCGAACAUCUCCGUGGAGGUUCUUGACGACGCCGCGGCGAGGGGGGAGGCGACCACUCUCGGCGCGGGCGAGAUCCACGAGGUCACGUUCUGGGCGCUGGACGAGGCUGGGCAGCGCCGCUGCCUCGGCGGGGACUACUUCGAGGUCGACCUCUCCGGGGACGCCUGGAAGUCGCGGCCCCCCAUCGUGGACCACGGCGACGGCUCCUACUCCUUCCGCCUCCAGGUCGCACCGCGCUUCGCCGCGGGGGAGUUCCGCCUCACCGUCGUCCUCCUCUUCCGCAGCUGGGAGGGGCUCAAGUUCUCCUCGUCGAGGUUCAAGUACCGCGCCGAGCUGCGCCGCAUCCCCCUCCUGUUCCGGCCGGACAAUAACGCGUCCCUGCCGGCGCUGGAGACGUGCCGCGCCGCGGACUUCUCUCGCGAUGCCUGGUCGGGACGGUGGACGCGGCUCGCCAAGAACGACAGCUGCGAGGACGUCGACGCAGCGGGGCGGUACCGGUGCCUGGAGUCGGACCACCCGUGCGAGGCACCGUGGUGCGACGGGCCGCUCGGCGCGCUGGAGAGCAACGGGUGGGUGUACUCGGCGCACUGCUCCUUCAAGCUCUUUGCGGCCGAUGCUUCGUGGCGGUGCCUUGACGGGAAGUGGCUCUUCUUCUGGGGCGACUCUAACCACGUCGACACCAUCCGGAACCUCCUCACCUUCGUCCUCGGCAUCACGGACACGUCUGUUGUGACGCGCCGGUUUGAUGCAGUGUUCACCAAUCCCAGUGGUGGGGCAGGGACUCUGAGGAUCACAAGCAUCUUCAACGGCCACUGGAACAUGAGCAUGAACUAUCUCGGCUUGCAUUCCCUCCGGAACAGAGGUUUCCGGCAGCUCAUCCGGUCCUACUUCAUGUCCGGUGAUCGUGUUCCGGACGUCGUGGUCCUGAACUCUGGCCUGCACGAUGGCUGCUACUGGACCAGCGUCCGCAUCUACGCGCAGGCUGCGGAUUUCGCAGCACAGUUCUGGUCCGGAGUCAUGGACAAAGUCCGGGCUCGUGGGCGUGCAGUGCCCAGGGUGUUCUACCGGACGACGAUUGCCACUGGGGGCUACGCUAGGGACCUGGCAUUCAAUCCAAACAAGAUGGAGGCGUUCAAUGGUGUGCUUGUUGAGAAGAUGAGGCGGCACGGGGUGCUAACUGGUGGAGUGAUUGACAAUUUUGACAUGACAUUCCCAUGGCACUAUGACAACCGCUGCAAUGACGGCGUGCACUACGGGCGUGCACCGGCGAAGCUGGUGUGGCGGGAUGGCAAGGUUGGGCACCAGUACUUCGUCGACCUGAUGCUGGGGCAUGUGCUCCUCAAUGCCAUCUGCAAUGAAUGAGGAUUGCUGGUUCCAUGUUCUGUAAGUUUCUGGCGUUCAAUUGUGGAAACUGGAAUAGGAUGGUUAGGGAACUGAAUCUGGGGUGAUGAGAUAUCAACAAUUGGGUAGUGCAGUAUGUGUGUAAAUCUGAUGGAGACGGCGAGAGCGAGGUUUAGCUGGAGCAAUUUGUAUGGUAAAACAUUUGGUCUCUCAGCAUCGUGUAUUGGCCUGAUCUUGCUCUAGCAAAGAAGAUCGAGUCCGGUCAGAGCUAGUGAUGAGUGAAAAUCAGGCACAUGUAAAUAUAUAUAGCAUGACUAUUCGAGAACAUCUAAUGCUGCACAAAUUAUGUAGGUCCAGUCCGAUGAUAUUGUUCACUGCUGGUUUAGUUUCUUACUAAUGUUCAGUUCUGUUCAUUGUUCUUUGUGAUCGUGUGUCUUGCAACUAUCAGGUAUGCAAAUAUAGAAAUGUUAAACUGCUGGAGUGGUUUGCUG